GAAGUUCGCCCCCCUAGAGUCACCAAAUCCCGAUCAGACGACGGUGACGACUCAGAAGAAUCCGAAUCCGAAGGAGAAACUGAGAGUGAGUUCGAAGAAGAAGAGCUGGAAGAUAGGAUUUUUAGAUACUCAGAAGAUGAGGAAAUGAAGCUUGAACAACCGUACGAAAAUAACGUACGCUGGUGCUCCGCCGAUUCUGACGAUGAGUCGAUGGUUUCUCAGUAUAAUGAGCAGCCUGAAGGACGAGGAUCCGGUGAAGCUUGGUGGGAGCUAAGGAGCGAUGAUGAUUAUAUACAAGAAAGUGAAACGUUUGACGACUCUGAUAGGGACGAAGACGAGACGGGUUGCGAGUUCUUCUUUGAAGAAACAGAAGAGCCUCCCUAUGAGUUAGAC